AUGGUCGCAGUGGUGGUGCCUACACCAACCGCUCAGUCAACCCAGUCAACACAGCCCGCUGGGCUAGCACCCCGCAAGCGGGCGGCUACUCAGAGUUCCAUCAGUGAGGAGGGUGCCACCUGGCAGAUGGCCCGCACCAGGCGACGCUCAGCUCGCACAGCAGUGCGGCAGCACAGCCAAGCAGCUAAAGAACAGUCUGACUCCAGCAUGCAGGUGGCAGGUCUGGAGGUCUUCAACCUCAUCCCGCAGGUGGACUUCGGCAGCAGCUCACCAAACCGCUGGGAUGACACUAACCCGGAGCAGCGAGAGGAGGAGAGGCCCCGGGUCAUGACAUAUGUACGCAAGGGCUCAAAGACAAGGGCACAGCAACACCGACAGCCUGGGACAGACGCAGUCAUGGACUAUCUGACCAAUCUGAGCCCACCAGCCCGCUGUCUGAUAGGUGGGGAUAUCAACGUACGGCAUGAUGCCUUUGAACCAGGGGCAGUGAAUCUGCACCGGGGCGGGGAGCUUGUCCAAUGGGCCAGUGAACAUGGGAUGGACUUUGUGGGAGAGAUAGGGGUUCCGACUCAUGCAGCAGGUCAUGUGAUUGAUCUCACCUUCUCCAAUGUGGCCUUUGCUUCCACUACAGUGCGUCAAGAUCUACACUGCGGCUCAGAUCACCAGUCUAUGAUCACUAUGCUGCCAACAACACCUCAAACACAGCUGAGCGAUGCUCGGAUCAAGAUCACAGACUCUCAGCUGGAGCCCUUUGCAGAUCUUGUCAGAGGUCUCAUGGUGGACAUGCCUUGCCCAGAGGGGGUUGGAAAUGUGGCACAGCUUGAUGAUCUGGCCCAGCACUUCGCUCAGAGUCUUCUGGCUGCAGCUCAGGCAGUCAGUAAGCCAGCUCAACAAGGGCGGACCACAGCCCCCUGGUGGACAGCAGACUGCCGAAGAGCGCACCGAGAGCUCACUACUCAACAGACAGAGGCCGCGAAGCACCAGUUCAAGGAUGCAGUGCGCAAGGCCAAGCGUGCAUACUGGAGGCAGGUGAUCAAUGAGGCCAGAGAUGGUAGAGACCUGUACCGGGUGGUGGCAUGGCAUAAGCUGGAACCCAACCUCAGAGCACCCCCUCUGGUGAUUGGGGAUCAGGUCAUAGAAGAGACAGCCGCCAAAGCUGAGGCACUUCAACAAGCAAUUCUGAAGCGAUACAACUCAGCUGAUGAUCUGGAGUAUGACCCACUGGAUGAUGAGCACUGGAGCGGCAUGGGGAACCUGCCCUGGAACCCCCGGAUUGAGAUGGAGGAGAUGGAGCGCAACACCAUUGGGGUACAGAGCACCUCCCCAGGCACGGAUGGAAUCACAGUGCGGAUGCUCAAAGCAUGCUGGCAGCAUGUGUCCCUCUUUAUACAGCAGCUAUACAACUGCUGCCUCCGGCUCUGCCACUUCCCACGAGCCUGGAAACUGGCAGAGGUGGCAAUGAUACCCAAGGUGGGUAAGAGAGAUAGAAGCUCAGUCCGCUCCUGGAGGCCCAUUGCCCUGCUUUCAGUAAUCUCCAAAGGGCUGGAACGCAUCAUUGCAAGGCGACUGGCGUCCACGGCACUCAUUCACGGCAUAGUCAGCCCACAGCAUGGGGGGGCGCUGCCCAGACGAUCUGCAAUGGACCUGGUAGCUGCUUUCACUCAUGAGGUGGAGGCAGCCUUCGCACAAAACAAAGAAGUGUCCAUGGUCACAAUGGAUGUGCAGGGUGCCUUUGAUGCUGUGCUGCGCAGGCGGCUGCUUCAGCGGAUGGCGCGGCAGGGGUGGCCACGCGAGCUGCUGCAGCUCAUUGACAGUUUCCUCACUGAACGCAGAGCUCAGGUCCGGCUGGAGGGGACCACCACAGCAGCACAUCAGAUGCAAUGUGGCACGCCACAGGGGUCUCCUUUGUCACCAAUACUGUUCCUUCUGUACCUGGCAGAGCUGCUGUGGCAAAACUCGGAGUUGCGCUUUGGCUAUGCGGAUGAUCUGAACAUCUGGCGGGCGACCCACUCACUUGACAACAAUGCCACCCUUCUCAGACAGGAUAUACAGAGUAUUCUGAGGUGGGGGGAGAUAAACAAGGUGGCCUUCGCACCAGAGAAACUUGAGAUGAUCCAUCUUACAAGAAAGCGACACAAUGAGGCACCAGCAGUAGUUGUGUCUGAGGACCUCACUGUUCACCCUGUUACUGCCCCAGCUGGACAGGAGCCAGCACUUCGCUGGCUGGGUGUACACUUCGACAGAAGGCUCACCUGGAGACCACAUGUCUCCACCCGGGCAAAGAAGGCAAGGGCCGUAGCCCAGCACAUCCGGAGUCUGGGAAAGACCAGAGACGGGCCCCCAGCAGACGCUCUGCGGAAGGCGGUCACCACCUGCGUGGUUCCCUCACUGCUCUAUGGCACAGAGGCCUGGUACGGCGGCCGCACGCAGCCAGCAAGGCACACGGGCAGGAGUGGGGAGGUUAGCUCCCGCCUGGGAUGGCAUGUGGGGACAGUUGAGAAGGUGCUUACUAUGGCAGCCAGAGGGGUCCUCCCAGUUUUCCGUACAACGCCCAUCGCUGCCCUAUACCGGGAUGCUGGGCUCCCAUCAGCAAUGGUAGCUCUGGAGGAGGCCAAAAUUCGAUUCGCGACAAGGCUUCAGGUGGUGGAUGAGAAGCACCCACUGGCUUCACGGAUAGCACCUCCAAUGAUCACACGAGGAAGAGGGGCUGGAACCCGGCAGCGCUCAAAGACCAAGAUCCAGCGGUUGGGGGCGCUGCUACCUGCAGUCAAUAGACCCACACUUGCCAUCCCACACUACUCAGAGGGAUGCGGGACAGACCCCACAGAGGGUGUAGACAAAAAGAGUGCUGCUCAGGCAUUCAAGGAAUGGUGGAGAAGUCAACCCUCAACAGAUCUAUAUGUUUUCUCAGAUGGAUCAGAACGGAGCCUUGACAACAGCAGGCAGGUGGGCUAUGGCUUCAUAGUCUAUCAGGGAAAUAAACAGCUGGCCAGCUUCUCAGCUGCGCUGAGCCCUAUGUCACAUGUCUUCGACGCUGAGGCAGUUGGUGCCUGCCGGGCAUUGGAGUGCGCCGUGAAGCUCCUACCUUGUGUCACAGAGGACAGCAGCAACCCUCAGAUCUGGCUCUGCCUCGACAACACCUCAGUCAUCUGGGGCAUACGGGGCAGUGCAGCAGCCUCCUCAAACUGGGCCUACAACCGCUGCCAUGAGCUCCUCAGACAGCACAAUGUCGGCCUGAAAUGGGCUCCUGGGCAUAUGGGGAUAGAGGGCAAUGAGGAAGCAGACCGCUUGGCUAAGCGGGCAGUCUCAUCCACUGCGGCCCCAGCCUAUGGUCUCGAGGCCACACCCACAGUCAGUGGGGUCCGCACAGUGGCCAAGCAGCUCAGCCAAGAGGCAAGGCGAAAGUGGUGGAGUGGAGCCUGUGGCAAGCUCUCUGACUGGUACCGGGGCUGGAGUUUCAGCAGGCCGACUGUGGAAUACCAAGUGAAGGCCCCUCCGGAGCUCACCAUGCCACGGCAUGCCCUUCACCGCUGGCUCGCACUCCGCUCCUCUCAUGGGGACUUCUCCUGGUACCACAGGCGUUUCCAGCAUGCAGAUGCGAGGCUCACCUGUGUCUGUGGACACAACAAGAGCCCAGAACAUUUGGUGCUCUGUCGACACUCACAGAGGCACUUUCUUCACUGGCCCAAGAGGCCAGCAGCACGGCCACACAACCGGGCGACAGCUGUUGCCUAUCUAGGGUCUCUGACCCCUACAGACUUUGUAGAACUGCUGGACUGCACGCAGUUCUACACACGGUACUGCACAAGAAGCACAGACAGCUCUCUGAUCAACUGA